ACCAUGACGAACGUCAAUUGGAGCCAGCUGGAGAAGAAAGUGGCGGAGAUUAAACGCAACACGGUGAGCGCGCGCUCACGAGCUGUGUACCAAAACUCCUACGGUCGAUUUGUUGCCUGGGUUGUCCUCCACAAACCCCAACUAAUGACACCUGCCUUCGCUCAGCGUCUAGGUGACGUAUCGGAUCUCUCAAUCAAACAGCUCAGGAAGCGGCUGAAGACUCAUCUAAACCUCGACGAGGCUAACCCACCUCUUCAGUUUGAUGUGCUACAGUCAGACGUCUUUGAGGCUUGA